GCAGCUCGGCGGGCCCGGCCCCCCCCAGCCCAGCGCCCAUGAGUGCCCGGGCGCCCAAAGAGCUGCGGCUGGCGCUGCCGCCUUGCCUCCUCAACCGGACCUUCGCGUCCCCCAACGCCAGCGGCGGCGGCGGAGGCGCGGGGGGCCGCGGCCCGGGCGCGGGGGGCGGCGGCGCGUGCGUCACGCAGGUGGGACCGCAGCUCUUCCAGUCCUUCUCGUCCACGCUGGUGCUGAUCGUCCUGGUCACGCUCAUCUUCUGCCUCCUCGUGCUGUCCCUCUCUACCUUCCACCUCCACAAGCGCAGGAUGAAGAAGCGGAAGAUGCAGAGGGCUCAGGAGGAGUACGAGAGAGAUCACUGCAGUGGCCGCCGCGCCAGUGGGCGGCUGCCCCGGCCGGGUGGGCAGACCCCGAUCCAAGGGAAAGAAAACCGGCUGGAGAGACAGCCCCGAGACUCUGCCCCGUGCGCGCCCUCGAACGCCACCGCCGCGGGGCCUGGCCUGGCGGCCCCGGGGCCCUGCGCGGCGCCUCCACCUCCGCUUCCAACCCCCAGCCCGCAGGCGGCGCACGCAGCCUCCUCCUCCUCCUCCUGUUCGGACACCGCUGGCGAGGGCCUUUUACAAACGGUGGUACUGUCCUGAUUGUCCCACCCCGCCUCUUCACCC